AUGUUUUUCGAAGCAUUCGGUAAAGUAAUGUGUAAUGAAGUCUCUCCUGAACUGAUUGACUACAAGUUUCCUCAAAACUAUAAAUUCAGCGUAAAUGAAAUUCUGAAACAUAAUGAAGAAUUCGCCAAAACAUACGGAUGUCCAUUCGGUUUUGACCAGUCAAAUGUCUACACUUCUCCUCAACUUUUUCUUUCAUUGUUUGCAUUCCUACAAACUGGACUUACCCAAUGUAAUCCAAGUUGUCCAGCUGCGAACUCACAAUGA